UAUCGUCUGUAUUCCGUGUUGAAAUCCUCCAAGCUGAGCCGAAAGCAAAUUCGAGUCGAGGACCUUUUGAGAGAAACAAAAUUGCACAUAUUAUUGUACAUUUUACAACUGAAAAUUUAUAUCUAACACUUGUACAGUUUUAGCAAUGUCUACUCCAUCAAGAAGGCGACUCAUGCGGGAUUUUAAAAGACUUCAAGAGGAUCCUCCAGCUGGAGUUAGCGGUGCUCCGUCAGAAAACAAUAUCAUGGUAUGGAAUGCAGUGAUAUUUGGGCCAGAAGGAACUCCCUUUGAAGAUGGUACAUUCAAAUUGACUGUAGAAUUCACAGAAGAAUACCCAAACAAACCACCCACAGUCAGAUUCAUCUCAAAAAUGUUUCAUCCUAAUGUAUAUGCAGAUGGAAGCAUAUGUCUUGACAUCCUACAAAACCGGUGGAGUCCAACUUAUGACGUGUCAUCAAUUCUCACCUCAAUCCAGUCUUUGCUUGAUGAACCAAACCCUAACAGUCCAGCUAACAGCCAAGCAGCUCAACUUUACCAGGAAAACAAACGGGAGUAUGAGAAGCGUGUGUCCGCUAUUGUUGAGCAGAGCUGGAGGGACAGCUGACCUUACACUGCAGAGCACAGAACUUUGUGUGAUUAUAGUUUAGUUGAGUAAAUC